CUAUGGUCUCUACAGAGGUCAAAAUUUGUUAUCACCACGGUAGUCCAACAAAAUAUCCGGCGUUUGGUCUUCAUCAAAGCUCACAGUCCUCACAACCCACAUUUUCUAUUUUGUUAUCUUAUAGUAUUUCAUGUUUUUUUUUUAAAAAUUAGUCUUUUAAUAAUAAUGUAAUUAAAACCCAAAAUCAUGUCGUACAGUAAAGUAUUGCACAAAAGUCGGUUGUUUACAACCUUGUUACAAAAACCCAUGGUGAGUUUUUUUUUACAGUAAUUGUUCUGUAAAUAUUAUUAUGCUAUGUAUUUAAAUAUAUUUUGUAUUUAUUGUGUUCUCAGAUAGGACAGACGUGCAAUUUCCAUAGAUUUUCAAAUACUACUUUUAAACUGGUUUCACUAGCACCCAAAAAAUUUCUUACACCAGAUCUUAAGCAUUUAACAGCAACUAGUUUUACCUUUAUUCGACAUAGCAGUGGUGAGAGUCAUGUAGAAUCCACUUUGGCCAACAACAAUAAGGAAUCUGUUGAUUUGACUGAUGAUGUCAUACCGGAUGCACCUGAAGUCCCUGUUGAAACUACAUCUGUCGAACAAGUCGAAAUAGUUUUGGUACCUAUACUAGCUAGUUCACACGAUACACAUUUCAGAACGUGUUUGUUAAAAUAUCAAUAUUUUAAUUUUAAUGUUUGACUAGAAUGCAUUGGGAGAACAGACUAUACAAAGUGCAGGACUUGGCUCAUAUACUCCAGUUGGAUUUUUACAAUAUGCUUUAGAAUACUUGCAUGUUACUUGUGGGUUACCAUGGUGGGGUGCAAUAAUUGCUGGUGAGCAUAAUAUAAUAUUCUAAAUUAUAAAGAUGGUAUUAAAAUAAUUAAAAUGCACCUGUUUUUUAUAUAACAAGUUAAAUUUAGUGAAAAUACCUAAUGGCUAAAGAGGUAGAUGGUAACAAUUGUAGUUUAUCAUAUUAGUCAAAAUGUGUGUUGUUGCGUUUACAUUCAAAAUGUAAAACUUUUGACUUCACUUAGAAUUGAAUAUCAUUAUAUUCAGUAGCGGUGUGAACAAGGUUAAAUUAAAGCAGCUGCAUCAUGAAAAAAAGGGUGGGUGUGUGUUGAAUGUUGAUGUUUAUAGUUGAAUAGAUACAAGACACUUGAGAUACUAUGUACAAUACAUCAUAGUAAACACUUUAUUCUUAUGAUUAAAAUUUAAAAAUCAAGAAAAUUUACAUACUAAUCUUCGAUUUAGUAAAUGUUUUUUUAUAUUUUGUGUUUAUAUUAUAUAUAAAGAAAGAUGGAUAGGUGGAUGUUGAAAAUUUUACUGUGUCAUUGAAAUAAUAAGUUCACACUGCCACUGAUUAUAUUAUAUAUUAUACUAGUUAAAAUUUUAAUCUUAAAAUAUAGCAUUUUUGGAAUUAAAUCAAUAUUUGUUUGACAAAUAGCUGGAAAUUUACAUUUUAUUAAUUUUUAAUUUAGUUUCUUAUUUUAAUGGAAUAAAUAUGUAAGAAUGAAUAUUUUUUUUGUGAGACUAGAGGCAUUGAUAAGGUUUAGUUACAGUUCUGCAGAAAGAGAUUCAUUUUACAAAUCUGUGUAAUAAUUAUUAUUCUAUUUUAGAAUUAUAAAUGUUAUAAAUAUUAGUUUGUAAAAUUCUCAGUACAUGCUAAUCUUACAAUUAAUCACAGUAAAACUUUUUUUUAUUUAAAUUAAAAUAAACAUUUACAAUCUGUUUAUUUUUUGCAUAAAAAGCAAAUUUGGUGAAACAAUAUAACAAUAACAUAUAAAAGACAUGAACACAUGAAAAGAGAAGCCAUGCAGUGAUAGGACCCUAAGUAAAACUAAAUUUUAUUGAAAUAACAAUUGAUGGAUCUAUUAGUUUUAAUUUAUAUGCAUAUAUAAUAUAUUUGGUUUGAUUUAAUAUUUAUAUAUACAAAAAUAAGUAUAAUAUGAUAUUUAUUAUUGGAAUAAACCAAACUGUAUUCAUUUUUUAUUUCUAGGUACAACCAUUUUGCGUUUAUUAGUAUUUCCUUUUGUUGUUUCAUCACAACGCCAUACAGUAAAAAUGAAUAAUAAUAUGCCACAAAUCCAAGCAUACCAAGAAAAAAUGACAGAAGCUCGAUUACAUGGGAAUCCUUAUGAAAGUAAAUUACCUAAUUAUGUUUGAUAUGAUGAUUAUUACUUUUAAGUACUUUUUUUCAUAAAUUCUACAAAUUAAUAUAUAUAUAUUAGUAUUUUAAUUUUAGAAUUAAACAGAAAAUUAAUAAUAGUAGUGAUAACUGUUACAAAUUCAAUUCUAAAAUAAUACAACAUGUGUUGUGUAUGUAUAAAUAUUUUGAUUUCAGUGGCAAGAGCUUCACAAGAACUUAUGUUAUUUAUGAAAACUCAUCAAGUUAAUCCAUUAAAAGGAAUGAUAUUACCUGCUGUUCAGGUAAUUUAGAGUUUAGAAUUUGUGUUUUAUUUUAUAACUCUUUUAUUAUUAUUAUUGUUUUUCAGUUUCCUAUAUUCUUAAGUAUGUUUUUGGGUUUAAGAGGUAUGGCAAAUUUACCUUUAGAAAGUUUUAAGUAUGGUGGUCUAUGGUGGUUUACUGAUAUUACUGUGCCCGACCAAUUCUUCAUAUUGCCUGUUCUCACUGUUAUGACUCUUGGUUUGACAUUAGAAGUAAUAUCAAUUAAAUUUUACAAAUAUUGUAUUUAUUGUUAUGUACUUACAUAAUAUUAAUUUACACAUUUCUAGCUUGGAGCAGAUAUUGGUAAACUAACUUCAACGAAUGUUGGAUUUGGAAAAUAUCUAAAAUAUGGAAUUCGUUUAUUACCUAUUAUUGUAUUUCCAUUUAUUGUUAAUUUCCCAUGUGUAAGUACUAUUUUAUCUCUAUUUUAAAAGACAAAUAAUUUGUGUAACACUUAAAAUUGUACCUAUGUAUUAUCAUUGAUCCGAAAACAUGUAUUUAAUUGUGAAUUAUUGUUUAAUUUUAAUACAAAUGUGUUGUUUCUUAUACUUUGUUUUAGGCAGUAUGUUUAUAUUGGGCAUCAACUAAUUUUAUUUCACUAGGACAAGUAAUGUUUUUAAAAAUACCUAGUGUAAGAAAUUAUUUCAAUAUUGAAAAAAAGAGGGUGGUAGAAUUGACUCAGAAAAAGAAGAAAGGAGUUGUUGGAGAGUUUAAAGAAUGUAUGAAAUUAGAUUAAUUUAAAAAUAUAUUUAAGUUUAAGAGAAUAGCUGCAUUUGUGUCAAUAUUUUUUAAUUUUCUAUGUCCAAUGACUGUAGAAAAUCCUUGCUCUGUAUUUCUAUCAUGGUAAUCAUUUUAGUCACUUAUUAUAAAAUUAUAAAAUAAUAACAUAAUCUAUGAUCUUAUUUUCGGAUUUUUCAAUAUUUUCAUUAACUAACUUAAUAUUGACUGUUUUGUAAACUUAAUAUUUUUCUCUUUCAAAUUUAUAAUUUAAACCUAAACCUGUUAGUAUAAAGUGAAUAUAGAGAAAGGAUUUUUCUAUAAUCCCAGUUUGUAUGAUAAAAAAAUCAAUUAACAGCACUGUCGUUUCCUGUUUAAAUGUGAUUUGAUUACAAAUUGUAUUUAUUUUUUCUUUAGCAUGGAAAAAUAUGCAAGUUGUCAAAGAAAUUGAAGAAAGGGAACGUUUAGAUCACAUGAAGUUCAUACAGGCUGGCCGAGCAGCGCCAGUUAAGACAUUUAAAUACAAUCCAAAAGUGACAGGAGGGUUGAAAAAGGAAGUUUAAUAUAAACUAUAGUAGUAUUUAUUUGAUGUUUAUUUUUGUAAUAUAAAAGAUGUGUUAAGACUAUAUACAUGUUAUGGAUAUUAUACAAUUUUAUGAUCAAAAUGUUGGAUGUCUACGCUGUAGCAAUGCAUUUAUUUAAAACUGAUGAUAAAUGUGUAUUCUCUAAAGCAGCAGCCACUCUUUCUUUGUCAUCUAACUGUUUAUUUAUGGCGUGUUCGGAUGCAUGUGUACCAGGUGUUAUGGUAACAGAUAUUUUAAAACGAGGUGGUAGACACCAUAAAAGUCUAACUUUGAUAGAUAAUCCAAUUAAUGUAGCCAUACUACAAUGAGGAAUUGUUGGUGUGAAUAAGACUUUAAUGAUAUUAGCAUUAUCAUCAACCUGUAAAAAUCA